UCAGCACAGCAGAGCCGAGCAUUUCUUGGUUGAGCCAACACGUACCAAAGACAAAGAAAGUCGACGCACGUGAAUAUGUUACUCUCACGCUCUCCUUCGGCUACUACAACCCGUCGUCCAGCACCACCGACACGUUCCCAACGCGCGCGCCUCCCACCUCCAUGCGCGCGGGGCGGCAUGGGUGCGGCAGCAGACGCGGCCGAGGCGCUUCUCCAGAGCGGGCUGCGGCCGGAGUCGCUGCCGCGGCACGUGGCGGUGGUGAUGGACGGGAACUCGCGGUGGGCGCGCGCGCGGGGACUGCCGCCGGCGGACGGCCACACGGCCGGGGGCCGUAAUCUGGAGCGGAUCGUUCUGCUCUCGCGCGCCUGGGGCAUCCGCGCGCUCACCGCCUUCGUCUGCUCCCACGAGAACCUGAACCGCCCCAAGGCCGAGGUUGACUACAUGAUGGGUUUGUCCGAGUGGUUGAUCGACGAUAACAUCGACAAGCUAUCGAGGCAGGGGAUCCGGCUGCAGGUUAUCGGUGACCCCUCAAAACAGCCAGUUUCUCUGCAGAGCGCUGCAGUGAAAGCCGAUGAGGCCACAAGGAACAACUCACAGCUACAUGUGAUGCUAGCGAUCUGCUACAGCGGGCGAUGGGACAUGGUUCAAGCAUGCCGAGAGCUCGCCCGGAAGGUCCAAGACAACCAACUCAGCCCGGAUGACAUCGACGAGUCGUUGCUAGCCGGCAUGGUCGCGACUAGCGUCGCCGGCGAGUUCUCCUGCCCCGACUUGAUCAUCAGAACCAGCGGCGAGCUGAGGCUGAGCAACUUCUUGCUGUGGCAGUCCGCCUACUCGGAGCUCUUCUUCACCGACACGAUGUGGCCGGACUUUGGGGAGACAGAGUAUCUGCAAGCGUUGAGCUCCUUCCAGAGCAGAGAACGGCGAUUCGGUCAAAAUAAGUCCUAGCUCGGAGCCACAAAGGAGUAGCAGAUAAGCAUUGUUCAAUGGAUACACUGUUAGAAAUAAAGCACGAUAGGAUCGAACACGAGAUACGAUUUUUUUUAUAUGAAAAACUCUUUCGGGAAAAAACCACGGGUGCCAAUCGGUGAUCUUCACUAUAUCAGAGAUGUGUAUAAUAAAGGGAUUACAAUGAGCGUCUCUUAGUUCUCCUUGUAGCUUACAAGAUAUAUUUAUAGAGGUGGACACAUA